CAACCAGGAUUCUUCUUUUGAAUUCUCGCCUUGUAACUAGGAGAUUAGUUCAACAGUGAAAAUAAACAACUAUGGUAAACUUAAGACGCUGCCGAAGAUAGUCACAGACGGCCGGGGGUCGUGGCGUGAGAGGAUUCGGCUUUCUGCCGCGCUAGCGAGCGGACGUGCCGAUCAUGAGCUCCGUAGGAGCGGCUUCAGCGGCCCAGCAGGGCCGCGGUACCAGGAGUUUUGCCUCAGAAGACCCGGAAUACCAAGUUUUGGUGCCUCAAUAGCCGACAGGUCGGAUAGUUUUAAAUACAGUUUUUCUGCAUGCGGAUGUGCGUGCCAGGCCGUAUCGUGUGGAACAUUUCCGAGAUGCGUUGGCUAGCUUAGGCCUACUUGCUGAUGUCAUCGCCCUAGGGGCGUAUCAGAUGAGCCACGUUUGGGCGCGCGGUUACUUUCAAGAGCGACGAAGGCGUGAAAAGGCUUUCAAGCACCAAGAACCUCAAGGUGAAUGAACAUCGGUGCAUUGUCGUUGAUCCAGCCAAUCAGGCCGUGCGGCUGAAGCUGCAUUGGAUGCUUCAUAACGUCUCGGACGAGGAUAUACGGACAGCCCUGUUACCGUUCGGAAAGGUCACGGACGUUUUCCAUGAAAAGUGGCGUGUUCAAGGAGUUCAAGAUAAAGCAUCGUCGACACGGGUGGUGUCCCUGGUUCUGAAGACGGGUAUGACCAUAGAAGACCUGCCCCAUCAACUUCGUGUAGCUGGACCUGCUCUCCGAGAGGACGUGGCUGACCUGUUAAUGGACGAGGCUGACGUUGAUGAGGCUUCCCGCGUGCUAGUACCACCGGCGGACAGAGUCGCAACACCUUCUGUGCCGGCGGCUAAUUCCAAGAAGGUGGUAAAUGUGCUGCCUACGGGCCCGAAAGAUGCAGUGCAAAGGGCAUGCGACGAAGGAGCCAAAGAAGAAUCGGCCGCAAAAUCCACCGCUGCCGAGGAGACCGCCACGGAGCACGGACCGGUAACUUCCUUGAUGGACGUCGAAGAAUCGAGUGCAAGCAAUGCGGCUAUGAAAAGAGCGAGGGACUCGACCGACAACCUGGACGGCAACCUGGACGGCAACCUUGACAACGGGGCCAAAGACGAGCCGCCGCCAAAAGCGCAGGCGGGUCGUCGUGUGCCCGUGCGCCUGAAGCCAAACAUCCCGCCGGACAGACGACCGGCGGCAAAACCGCCUAAGUAGGACCCGGCGCCUACUGGGGCGCCCGGACUAACGACGUGAAGACAUGGCGUCCUUUUUGGAAUCGGGCUUCGCGUACGCUCUAAAGGUACGCGUGUGGAUCGAGCGGUUUUCAGUGCAAAAGUUAUGCAUGCAUUUUUUUUCUACAGUGUGUCCGGAUCGCUUGUUCUUUAGCGGCACCGUGCGAUCGGCUUGCUUUUGCAGAUAAAUGGCGGGGAAACUAGAGAGAGCACUGAGAGUUGCCACGUUAAAUGUUCGUGGCCUUGGAGCGCGAAGGAGGCAAUAUCAACUUAGCCGCUUGUGUAUGGAGAAGGAACUCGAUGUAGUUGCCUUACAAGAAACUAAGGUAGAAACCCAAGAGCAGACCGAUCGCAUGGUGACGCCUUUCACGGCGCAUUACAAUGUGUGCGUGUGCCAUGCGAAUGGCACAUCAGGCGGAUGUGCGUUGUUAAUACGGAAGAGUGCUGGUAUCAUUGAAGAAAGUGUAACUGUUUCUGAAACUGGCCGCUUGCUUAUUGUAGAUUUUUCUUUUUCUCACGAUUUGUGGCGGCUCGUAUGCGUU